CCCCCCUACCUCCAUCAUUGCCUAAAUAUAAUUAAUCUGCCUGCUAACUAAACUGCCUAAACUCUUUCAGUUUGUGACUGAAAUUCAUCACAAUUUCCAAAUUCAAUAAAUACAACUACACAUAGAAUAUCUCCAUAAUCUUACUUCAUAAUCAAAUCCCAGAUGGAGAAAGCAUUGAAUCAAGAAGUGGAAGAAAAGGAAGAAGAAACAUUUUACUCUCCCAAUUGUAUAGAGGAGAAAAAUGAAGAGAUUCAAAGCAAUGGUGAUGAGGAAAAGAAGAAGAUUCAUCAAUUGAGAGAGUUAGCUGCAAAGCAAGAUCCAGCUUGCAAGGAAGUAGAUGAAGCAACAUUGAGAAGAUUUCUUUGUGCUCGUGACCUUGACAUCGAGAAGGCUUCCGCGAUGCUGAUCAAGUACAUGGCUUGGAGGCGAAAGUUCGUCCCAAGGGGCUCGAUUUCAGCAUCUGAGGCUCCCAACCACAUAGCACACAACAAGGUGUUUAUGCAAGGCACGGAUAAGAGAGGCUGUCCCGUUGCACUUGUUUUCGGUGCUAAGCAUUUUCCCAGCAAAGGAACCUAUGAAGAACUCAAACGUUAUGCAGUGUUUGCUUUGGAUAAGAUAUGCUCUAGAAUUCCUUAUGGAGAGGAGAAGUUCACAAUAAUUGUGGAUCUUGAAGGAUUUGGCUACUCCAACAGCGAUGUUCGAGGGUAUAUUGCAGUUCUCUCCAUUUUACAGGAUUAUUACCCAGAAAGACUCAAGAAACUGUUCUUUGUUCAUGUAUCGUACGUAUUCAUGACCGCAUGGAAGAUUGUGUACCCGUUUGUUGACAAAAAUACCAGAAAAAAGAUCACAUUUGUGGACAACAAGAAACUACAAAGUGCUCUGCUGGAGGAGAUAGAUGUAGAUCAGCUUCCACAGAUUUAUGGAGGCAAACUGGAAUUAAUCCCAAUUCAAGAUUCCUAAAUCAAGAAAGGCCUACCUAACAAACCAACUCAGUGUUGGUCACGGCGAAUGAGUUGGAUACCUCAACAAAAUACCACCCCACGUGACCGAGCCAUCAGUCAGUUGCUUGGCCACGGAUGCCACCUCAUCCACGUUCACACGAAUCUGCUGCUUGCUAUCUCUUUCUCGAACAGUGACAGAGGACGUAGAAUCGACUGUAAUGGCGAAAGGAACUCCAAGCUCAUCCGUUCUAGCAUAUCUCUUUCCUAUAGAGGUACCUGCAUAUUUUAGGUUCGCAUUUAUUAAGUUUUAUUAAACACAACCAGGGUUUAUUGAUUAACUAUGGAUAAUGGAGCAUUCAUAAUCUUCAA